GUCCUGGCGGUGGAAGCGGAGAACUGCUUCUGGAAAAAACAACAGCUAGCAAGCGGAGCUGCUAGCUGUUGUUUGUUAGCAACUAUAGAUAUUAAAGUAGCGCUGGAUUUCACCGCAGCCCAUCAGACGUAGUUCUUUAUUAAGCCCAUGGCGAUGAGAGAGGCAAUGGUCCAUGAAGAGUUUUGGAUACACAGAGAGUGGCUCGUCCACCACGGUCAUCACCAGGCACUGGAGUACAGAUAACACCUCCAAACUGGUGUGUGUUUUGGGGGCGGCGGGGGUGCAAAAGGUGACGGUAGAGUAUUCCAGAGAGACACUGGUUGGAGACAGCAGCUUCUGUAAGAUAAACCAUGAUCCCCAUCACUGAGCUGCGGUACUUUGUGGACACACAGCCGGCAUACCGCAUCCUGAAACCAUGGUGGGAUGUGUUCACCGACUACAUCUCCAUUGUUAUGCUCAUGAUUUCAGUGUUCGGGGGGACACUGCAGGUCACUCAGGACAAGAUGAUCUGCCUGCCCUGCAAAUGGGUGGUCAAUGAGACCUGCAAAAAGAACUUCAACGCCACCCUCUCUGCAUCGUUGUUCUUGGAACCCAGAGGGAUCCAGUACGAUCUGGACCGCCACCAGUACAACUAUGUGGAUGCGGUGUGCUACGAGAAUAGAUUGCACUGGUUUGCCAAGUAUUUCCCUUAUCUAGUAUUACUUCACACCCUUAUUUUCUUAGCCUGCAGCAACUUUUGGUUUAAGUUCCCACGGACUAGUUCCAAACUAGAGCACUUUGUAUCCAUCUUGCUGAAAUGCUUUGACUCCCCAUGGACAACUAGGGCACUGUCAGAGACAGUGGUUGAAGAGAGUGACCCAAAACCAAUGAAAAUGAACGGCUCGAUGGACCACAAGGAGUCUGUUAUCAGUGAGGAUGUCGAAGCAAGUGUCCCCAUGCUGCAAAGGACAAAGACACGCUUUGAGCAGGGCAUUGUAGAUAGAACAGAAACUGGGGUGUUGGACAAGAAAGAGGGCGAACAGGCAAAAGCCCUGUUUGAAAAAGUCAAAAAGUUCCGUAUACACGUCGAAGAAGGAGACAUUGUGUACAGGCUGUACAUCCGUCAGACUAUCAUCAAAGUCAUCAAGUUCAUUUUGAUAAUCUGCUACACAGGGUAUUACGUGCAUGAUAUUAAAUUCAGUGUUGACUGUUCGGUGAAUAUAGAAAGCCUGACAGGAUACAGCGUGUACCGUUGUGCUCACCCAUUGGCUACCCUUUUUAAAAUCUUAGCCUGUUUCUACAUUAGCUUAGUGGUGGUGUAUGGUUUGAUUUGCAUGUACACACUUUGCUGGAUGCUUCGGCGCUCUCUGAAGAAGUACUCCUUUGAGUCGAUUCGGGAAGAGAGCAGCUACAGCGACAUACCCGAUGUGAAGAAUGACUUUGCGUUCAUGAUGCACAUGAUAGAUCAGUAUGACCCUCUGUACUCGAAGCGCUUCGCCGUGUUCCUCUCAGAAGUGAGCGAAAACAAGCUGAGGCAGCUCAACCUCAACAACGAGUGGACACUGGACAAGCUCAGGCAGAGGAUUACCAAGAACUCUCAGGAGAAGCUUGAGUUGCACCUUUUCAUGCUGAGCGGCAUCCCAGACACAGUAUUUGACCUGAUGGAGCUGGAGGUUCUGAAGCUGGAGCUGAUCCCUGAUGUUACCAUCCCGCCCAUCAUCGCUCAACUGGUCAACCUGCGAGAGAUGUGGCUUUACCACACACCAGCCAAAAUCGAAGCUCCUGCUUUGGCGUUUUUGCGUGAGAACUUGAAGUCCCUGCACAUCAAGUUCACUGACAUCAAAGAGAUUCCCUUAUGGAUUUACAGUCUGAAGAAUCUCAGCGAGCUUCAUCUGACAGGGAAUCUCAGUGCGGAGAACAACCGUUACAUUGUCAUCGAUGGACUCCGGGAGCUCAAGAGGCUCAAAGUUCUUCGUCUGAAGAGCAAUCUCACCAAGCUACCUCAGGUGGUGACUGAUGUGGGCAUGCACCUCCAGAAGCUCUCCAUCAAUAACGAAGGCACCAAGCUGAUGGUGCUCAACAGCCUAAAGAAGAUGGUGAACCUGACAGAACUGGAGCUCAUUCGCUGUGAUCUCGAACGCAUACCGCACUCAAUCUUCAGCUUGCACAACUUGCAGGAGAUUGAUCUGAAGGACAACAACCUGAAGACCAUUGAGGAGAUCAUCAGCUUCCAGCACCUUCAUCGGCUUGUCUGCCUUAAGCUCUGGUACAACCAGAUCGCCUAUAUUCCCAUCCAGAUUGGCACGCUGACCAACCUGGAGAAACUUUACCUGAACAGAAACAAGAUCGAGAAGAUCCCCAGCCAGUUGUUUUAUUGCCGCAAGCUGCGCUUCCUGGACCUGAGCCAUAACAACCUCACCUACAUCCCCACAGACAUUGGCUUCCUCCAGAAUCUUCAGUAUCUGGCAGUUACAGCCAACAGGAUUGAGAGCCUGCCUAAUGAGCUGUUCCAGUGCAAGAAGCUUCGCACUUUGAACUUGGGGAACAAUUGCCUGCAGUCUCUGCCGUCACGGUUUGGAGAGCUGACUGGGCUGACACAGCUAGAGCUGAGAGGAAACCGUCUGGAGGGUCUUCCCGUGGAGCUGGGCGAGUGCCGACAGCUAAAGAGGACCGGCCUUGUGGUGGAGGAGGACCUUUUCAACACCCUGCCCACGGAGGUCAAGGAACAGUUAUGGAAAGCUGACAAAGAACAGGCUUGAAGAGGUGUGUGGCCGUGAGUGAAAACAGAUACUGAGCAUUUGGGCCCAGGCAUAGAGGAGGAACGCCUCUGCUGUCCCAGAGGGCUUGUUGAAGCAGGCAGUAGUCCUGCUGCAGUGUACUGCCAGUAAGGUUGGGUAUGGAGAAUUAGAGAGACUUGGGCAGGGAGUACUGAUAGCUUCCUGUUGUUCUAUAAAUUCUUACCUGCAGUUGAUUUUCCUUCCUUUACAAACAACUUCUCAGGCCUUCCCAUGAUGCUUUUCAGCAGUAAUGUGGCAGGGACAGUGUGAUCUGCAGGGUGUGUUUACAUGUUAUGCUUCUCAGUUAUCUCAGUAUUCAAAACUGUCGGCCAACUUUGUUAAAUACAGAAAAAGAACGUAAAGUUUCCACUGUUCACAUUUACAAUAACAUAAAAUUCUUGUCUAAUCAAGAUAGAAUAAAUGAUUAAAUUAAUCUGUCCAGUAUUGAUAGUUUUACAGAUGAGAUAGCAAAGUGAUCACUCAGACAUCUGCCUCAUAAUUUGUGUGUAUGGGAGUCAACUCCCAAACUCCCAAUGCUAUCAUAAAAUGAAAAGUAAUUAAUCAUGAAAUUACGACAGGCGAGAUGCUUUAAUUCUGGUUGUUUUCUAAGAAAAAAUUAUGCACAUCUUUACUCACAGUAUUUGACAAGUCGUCUAAUUAAAUCACCAAAUAUUAUAUUUGUACAUAGACGAGGUUCCUGAAAUUCCUGGAAAAGUUAUGAAAUUAGAAAAACUGUUUUCUAACCCUGAAAAUUAUUUGAAUUUAGCAGAAUGAUUUGGAAACAUUUUGAUUAUUCAUGGUUUUCAGCUAUUGUUGAAAAUGUGUCUAGGUUUAGGCAAAAUUAAUUCCUUGUAUUACUAUUUUAAGAUCUAGAUCCGCACUGCAUGACUGUUGAAACAUUACUUAUAUCACGUGAUACACAUUUGCGUAAGCAGCUAGUUGGGGGCAGGAAUGUCUAACAUGCUAAUCCGCAAAUGCCUGGGAAGUGUGUUUUUAAUAACGAAUGGCAUUUGGACGACAAAUAUAAUACAUGGUCUCAAGAGAGAGGCAGACCAUAGCCAUGCUGGACGAAGGCUCUGCACCAAAACGUCGGUAGCUAAAUUUAGUUGGAAGAAGAUGAAGUGUGUGAUCUCUCCACAUUUUAGCCCUACUUUAAAUCGUUUGUGGUCAGAGAGGCGCCCAGGCAGGCUGUUACUAAUUUAGAUAAAGUCAUGGAAAUGUGGUAAAAUAUUAUGGAAAAGUUUUAAAAAUUCAUUCUUAGUAAUGUGGGAACCCAGUGACAGGAAAAGUAUACACAGUCAAGUCUGCAAUCCCAUAAGUUUGACCUAUUAACGUAAAUUGUAACCAUGGUGGUCGUUGUUUUUCUGCUGUUUUCCUGGCCCUCAUAUGUUCUCAGUCUGAAAUGAAUCGGAAAAUCAUGAGCGUAUGACAAGCAAUCACAAAUCAGGGAUAACUAAUGAUGAGUCAUAGCGAGAAAAGUUAUGGACUCUAAAACCCUUGUGUCUGAGAGAGUGUUGCAUAAGGUGGAAGGCAGAGAGUCAUCGAGGAGACUGUUGGUAUCGCAAGUGCUGUAGAGACUGAUGAGUUGUCUUCGGUUGGCCUGAGUCUUUGGUAGCAGCAGUACAACAUGUGGUAUUAGACUGGAGAGUGCAGACGAAACAUGGAGCCAGUUUGGCAGAGUGGAGGGACCGAUGGCCUCUUUCUGGGAAAAGAUGAGUAGUGUGUUUGACUCGGUGCUUGAGGACAGGCAAUUAUUUUGUUGAAUGCUAACCAGUCGACUGUUAUUCCAAAAUAUCACCCCCGUACAGUCGCACAAGUGGAGCAUUUUAUCAGCGAGCAGAUACCCAACCCCUUACUGCCAGUAUGCUGUUCAGCGGGACUCCGGCAGAAUCUGCUUCAUGGUCAUGCUGCAUCCACGACGUUUGUAAUGAAUUGCACAGAACAAAAUGAACAAAUCUUGGGAAAAUGCUGAAAAGGUUUUGAAUUAAAUGAGUCAUGUCUGCAUCAAAAUAAAGUUUAUACAGGAUAACACAAUACUGUCAUCAAAAUGGAGCCUCAAAAUAUUAAUAAUAUAUCUGACAAGAGUGUAGAUACUUACCUGAAACACUAGAUAAGUUUAUUACUUAUUUUGUGGUGGAUAUGAAGUAAGCACUGAUCUACUUGUGUACCCUGAUAGCUGAGUGUUUAUUGUCUGCAAAUGACACGUAAAAGAACCAGACAUGUCCUCAAGUAUGUUUGGUAACACUUUACUUGAAGGUAUCUACAUAAGAGUGAGACGACACUGUCAUAACUAUGACAUGACACUGUCAUGGACUUGUCAUAAACAUCAUGUACUUGUCAUAAAGGUUUAUGACUGCUGUUAUUAAGUGUCAUUCGGUUUUUAUAAUGACAAGUUGCCAUUGUUUGGGUUGUCUUGAUUAUGACAACUUGACAUUAAUUAAAGUGACAUUACUAGAAGUUGUAUUUGUCAUGACAAGUUGACAUUAAAUUUGUUUGGGAUGUCCUUAUAAUGACAGCUUGACAUUAACCACGAUGACAUUACAAGAAGAUGUCUUUGUCAUAACAAUAAUAAUCAUUAUGUCAACUUGUCAUAAACACAAAAAGAGGUGCAUUUCUUGUUAAUGUCAAGUUGUUAUGACAAAGACAUCUUCUUGUAAUGUCAUCCUGGUUAAUGUCAAGUUGUCAUAAUAAGGACAUCCCAAACCAAUUUAAUGUCAACUUGUCAUGACAAAGACAACUUCUGGCAAUGUCACUUUGAUUAAUGUAAAGUUGUCAUAAUCAAGACAACACAAACAAUGUCAACUUGUCAUUACAAAAACCCAAUGACACUUAAUGACAACAGUCAUAAACGUUUAUGACAUGACAUCAUGUCAUAGUUAUGACAGUGUCAUGUCACUCUUAUGUAGAUACCUUCAAAUAAAGUUUUACUGUAUGUUUUCAAACAACCUGGCCUUGUGUUCAUUUCAGUUUAUUAUAAUAUUGUAAGAUUAAUAUAAUGUUUCUACCUUCAUGGGGUAGGUAUUCUGUUUUAAUUUUAAUCUGUGCUGAACUGCAUUAGUCAAAAUACGGUGCAAUAUUCAGUGUAGAUGUUCACCUGUGUGUGAGACAACAGCCAUCUUUAACCUAAAACUACUUAAGUUGCUCUAUGGAGUUAUUAAAGUGAGAUUAAUAGGAGAUUUAAUCUGAGUUAUGUGAAAGAAUGCAAUACGGUCAAAAAUGGCCAUUUCUGACACUUUGUUGUGAUCGAAUCUGAAAGUUUAGGGCUUUAAAUAAAGAGAAAGCUACAUUUCAUUUAAUGUAAACUAAGAGAAAUUGUAAUCGACACUGGCAAGAAAGAUAAGGAGACAUUUUUAAAAAAUAGCCAUGGUUUUCAGGUCACUUGCCUUAACUUCACUCCUUCUGUGUUAUGUACUGUUUGUUAUUUUUGUUGUGGCAUCCGCAGAGCUGAAAACACAUGAUCAAUUUCCUUGACCGUAGCUGCACUAGACAACCCUCCCCCAGACGGUAGUGGGAGUAAAACUGUUUGUUUUAUAUGUUGUUUUAAUUUCAUCACUUCCUGUGGACUUCUCACAAGUGACCGUACUUGACACCAGUUAUAAAUUUGGGCAAAUAAAAGUGGUCUCGACAUUUAGCAGCUGGGUUUAGAUUUUUAUUUUAUUCAUUAUUGAAGUGGCGCUCAUUUGGGGAAUAAAAGUGGUCUUUGCUUUGGUUUCUUUAAAUGCUGUGUGAUGGAUUUUUUUGGUGCCAGAUACAUUGUGUUCUUGUGGAAACCCAUUCCUGUCAGGGAAAUAAAUAAAGAUUUUGCUUAACGUUAAGUCAGAAUUACAAAGUAAUAUCUUAACAUUUCAAAACUCAAUUUCACAUUUGACUUGGAACCUUAAAAAUAUUUUUGUGUCACAUAAUUUUGACUUAGUGUCACAUUUCAUUCAUAAUUGAAGGAGAUGUUUAAAUUUGCAAUCUCAAUUUCUCACCAUUUAUUUUCCUGUCACAGAUGGGCCUCCAUACUUUUCAGUUCAGCUCAUUCAAUUGUACUUUAUUUCCCUGGUUUCAAAGUGUGUUAAUUUGUAGAGAAAUAUUAGUACUUUCUGCCUGACAGUGACUUUUCUGCACUUGUGUUUUGCCACAGUAAGCAGCAGCGCCACGCUCAAAAUAUGGAAUUCCAGAUCCAUGCACAGCUCUGACACAGCACAGCACACAAUAGGGGGAGAAUAUAACAAUACCAGUUUAUGUUUUAAUAAACCUAACUGCAAAGAAAACUCGGACAGUAGCAAUAUACAGUACAGCAACUGGGUUGAGAAGCAGAGGGAUAGUUUAAGCUAUGUACAUUUAUUUGAAUAACCUGUUUAACUAUGCUCUAUUGUGCAAUAUUGCCUUUAUUUAAAUGAUGUAAAGGUUAGUAGUGACGUAGUUUUCCUUUUUGUGCAUGGGCAUUCUUUUUGUCACGUUCAUUUUUACAUAGGUGGUGGUGAGAAUUUCAAGUGGAGGAAUUUUGGUCCUGGAGAAUGCUUUUGCACUGUAGCACCUCCCCCCCCCCAAGUUACAUUUAGAUAAAUGCAAAUAAUGGUAUACGACAUGUUUUGUGUGUGUUUAGAAUGGGAAGGUUGAACCGAACGACUGCCAGCCGUGAGAUUAAGAUGUAUUAGAUAAGCGUUUUAAUUUUUGUUUGGGUUUUUUCGUAGAGCUACUCAUAGGAAAACAAAUUAUGACACCCAGCGACACCUCAGCAAUACACCACACAUUAAGACAAUCAACUACUCUUAUUAAUACUGACAGCAGAGAACAGUAUGUCACAUGUAUUUCACCGAGCACUGCAAGUCAAUGGUCAGUACGUUAAAAAAUGCAUCGUGUAGGUUGCUAGUAAGGUUGUAUUAGUAAAUAGAUUUGCUUUUUAUCUCAAUGUUAAUUGUUCUGUUCUCUGUUUUCCCUUAAAAUAAUUUCCACUAAUUUUAUUUCUUCAUUUUGACAGCUAUUAGUAUUAUUACACUCUAACUAAAUUUCUCAGGAAACCAGCUAGUACUCACUUCUUUUUUGAGUUGAUUGCCUUUUUUUAUUAUUAUUAUUAUGACACCUGGUAUUUUUAUUAAUUUAAACUUUAAAAAUUGUUUUAUACAGUUCCAGUUUUAUAUGCAUUUCUAUACAUUCUUUUCUAGUUUGGUGUAUUUAAUAUUGACUUGCUGGUUUAAAACAAGAUGUGUUUGUGUUUUUACAGAAGCCACUCAGUUUAACUUUGUGUUUUUCCUCAGUGAUCAUGUACAAAUUGAGCUGUAUUGUUUCAGAGUCGUGUCUUCGUCGUGAGUAGCACAGAUGAAGUGUGUAUGUGAGUGUUACCCGUGUGUGUGUAUACAUUGGCAUGAUGAGACUUUCUGAUCCCAUGAUGUUUAUCUUCUUUCUUCUCUUAGAAUUAUUAUUUUGGGGUACAAAAAUCUUUUUUUUUUCAGUUCCCAACUUAAAUCCAAUCGUAGGUGAUGUACAAAUUUGGCUUCAUGCAGUGUUGGGUUGCCAAAAGUUCUUUUGUUUUUUUGUUUUGUUUUUUCAUUAAUUUGAAAAUUAUCAGUGCAUCAGUAUUGACAUGAAUGAUGUGACAGUGAGUAUUCUGUUUGAACAUGUGUCCCAUCUUCUCCUGCACAUUAUCCACUAGAGGUUAAAUAAAAUAAACUUCGACCAAG